GCGCUGCCGCCGCUCCCUCAGCCAAGAUGGCGGCGGCCGCGCGGGCCCUGCGGGUCCUUCCCCGUGCCCUCCAUGUCCCCAGCGCCACCCGGCAGCUGCACACCAGCCCCGUGUGCCUCAAGACGCGGGCGGCGCGGGUGCGCGCGGGCAGGGGUGACAAGCUGGUGACCUACGAGCAGGCGCACGCCCCGCACCACAUCGGGCACCGCAAGGGCUGGCUGUCCCUGCACACCGGGAACCUGCGUGGCGAGGCGGGCGCGGCCCAGCGGGCCCUGGAGGACGCGUUCCUGCGGCGCUUCCUGGCCGGGACCUUCCCGGGUUUGCUGCUGGACGAGCCGGUGCUGAAGCGCCGCGGGAACCUCCUGGUGCUCUGUGCCCUGCUGGCACGGGCACUGCCACCCCACAAGCUCUACUUCCUGCAGGGCUACACCGAGACCCUGCUCGGCCACUUCUACAAGUGCCCCGUGCGCCUGGAGCUGCAGACCCUGCCCGCCCGCCUGCCCUACAAGUUCCUCUAGGGAUAAACCUGUAAAUGUUCCUAAAAAACCUGUACAUGUUCCUAAAGGAGUGCUCUGGGAUGUGCCCUACAAGUUCCUCUAGGGAUAAACCUAUAAAUGUUCCUAAAGGAAUGAUCUGGAUAUCUCCACUGUGCCCUACAAGUUCCUCUAGGGAUAAACCUGUAAAUGUUCCUAA